CCGGCCACUACUGAAUCUAGCACGCGUGCAACUCUUAAAGCCCAUUCAGAUCAGACAGACCUUCGGAUGAGAGACAUUGGCAACGCUCUGCGCGUUCUCCCGUUGCGCGCACCUUCAAUAAGCCACUGGAUUUUAUAUGGGGAAAAUAUGAUUUGCCAUUAUAGUGCACGGAUGAGCUGCAUGCAAGGACGGAGUGCGUGAAUCGAGGUCUGGUUUUCUCCUGUGGGACGCGGCGUCUGUGCUAUGCGCGCGGAAUCUGGAUGUCCAUGUGCAGCAUCGCUUUCAUCGGAGCCCUCGGACGAGCACCUCGGCUGCGCGCACUGAGCUAGUAUGAUAGCCGUCUCUUUCAAGUGCCGAUGUCAGAUACUGCGGAGAGUGAACAAAGAUGAGGGGCCUUACACUAAACACUCCAAUCCCUCCAGGCCACCAGAUGGAGCUCUGGCAAUUAGGAGACAGAGUAUUCCAGGUACGAAGCAUAAUGAUGAGUUUAAAGGCACAAGCACUGUGGAACUCAUUAAGAAGGAAGGAACCACCCUGGGCCUGACCGUAUCCGGAGGCAUCGACAAAGACGGCAAACCCCGCGUCUCCAACCUGCGUCAGGGUGGCAUCGCAGCCAGGAGUGACCAGCUGAACGUGGGCGACUACAUAAAGUCUGUGAACGGGAUCAACCUGACGAAGUUUCGUCAUGAUGAGAUCAUCAGUCUGUUGAAGAAUGUCGGGGAGAGGGUCGUGCUGGAGGUGGAGUACGAGCUGCCGCCUGUCUCUGUUCAGGGAUCAGGAGUCAUGUUCAAAAACGUGGAGGUGACGCUACAUAAAGAAGGCAAUACAUUCGGUUUCGUCAUCAGAGGUGGUGCCCAUGAGGAUAUGAACAAAUCUCGCCCAGUUACCAUAACAACCAUCAGACCUGGUGGUCCAGCUGACAGGGAAGGUACCAUCAAACCUGGCGACAGGCUGCUCAGCAUCGAUGGAAUUCGUUUGCAUGGAGCGUCUCACGCAGAGGCCAUGAGCAUCCUUAAACAGUGUGGCCAGGAAGCCACUCUCCUCAUUGAGUACGAUGUGUCAGUCAUGGAUUCUGUAGCCACGGCUUCUGGUCCGCUGCUGGUGGAGGUGGCCAAAACCAUGGGCUCCAGUUUGGGUCUGGCUCUCUCUACCUCCAUGUAUUGCAACAAGCAGGUCAUCAUCAUCGAUAAGGUCAAACCGGCCAGCAUCGCCGAUAGGUGUGGUGCCCUGCAUGCCGGAGAUCACAUCUUAUCGGUGGAUGGCACGAGUAUGGAGUAUUGCACGCUGGCCGAAGCCACCCAACUGCUAGCUAGCGCUUCAGAACAUGUCAAAAUGGAGAUUUUGCCCCACCAUCAAACAAGAUUGGCUCUCAAGGGACCUGAACAUGUCAAGGUGCAGAGGAGUAACCGGCCGCUUCCCUGGGAAUCCGGAACCAACAACAACAGCAACUUCCUCCCCUACCAGCACUAUAACACCUACCACCCCGACCAGUCCCACAGCCAGGCCAAGCAGAAAACCUCUCCGAACAACCCCCCUCUGGGUUCUUCCUUUUCGCCGACCUCCAUGAGUGCUUACAGUCUGAGUUCACUCAACAUGAACACGCUGCCACGCACCAUGUAUCCCACAAGCCCCCGCGGCACCAUGAUGAGACGCAAACUGAAGAAGAAGGACUACAAGAGCUCAAUGUCUUUGGCAUCCAGUACCGUGGGGCUGGCGGGUCAGGUGGUCCACACGGAAACAACAGAGGUGACCCUCAUCAGCGACUCCAUCAUGGGUUUCGGAAUCCAGCUCCAGGGAGGAGUCUUCGCCACGGAAACCUUGUCCUCCCCUCCGCUUAUUGCUUACAUAGACCCCGACAGCCCGGCAGAGCGGUGUGGCGUCCUGCAGAUCGGCGACCGCAUCCUGUCAAUAAAUGGAAUCCCCACUGAGGACAGCACGCUUGAGGAGACCAAUCAGCUGCUGAGGGACUCCAGCAUCACCAGCAAAGUAACCCUGGAGAUCGAGUUUGACGUAGCAGAAUCAGUCAUCCCCAGCAGUGGAACCUUCCAUGUGAAGCUACCGAAGAAGCCAGGUGUGGAGCUGGGCAUCACUAUCAGCUCUCCUUCCAGCAGAAAGCCCGGAGACUCUCUCAUCAUCUCUGAAAUUAAGAAAGGAAGUGUGGCACACAGGACGGGCACCCUAGAGCUCGGCGAUAAGCUUCUGGCGAUAGACAACAUCCGUCUGGACAACUGCUCUAUGGAGGACGCGGUUCAAAUCCUCCAGCAAUGCGAGGACUUGGUCAAACUGAAGAUACGCAAGGACGAGGACAACUCAGGUAUCCUACGUGAUGGCAGUGUUGAUAGGGACGCCCGUGUGCUGUUGGCCUGUGUUGCAGACGAGCAGGAGACCUCCGGUGCCAUCAUAUACACGGUGGAGCUGAAACGCUACGGUGGGCCGCUGGGCAUCACCAUCUCAGGCACCGAGGAGCCCUUCGACCCCAUCAUCAUCUCCAGUCUCACUAAAGGCGGUCUGGCUGAGAGGACCGGUGCAAUACACGUUGGGGAUCGCAUCCUGGCCAUUAACAGCAACAGUUUGAAAGGCAAACCUCUCAGCGAGGCAAUUCACUUGCUCCAGAUGGCCGGAGAAUCAGUCACGCUGAAGAUCAAGAAACAGGGAGAGUUGGCAAGCCCAAAGCAGCCUCCAAUACCCGGUCGAUUGAAUGAUCUGAGCGACAUGGAGGACGAGAGUCAAGCAGGGCAAAAACCCGCUAAACUCUCUGACAUCUACUCCACCACCAUCCCCAGCGUGGACAGCGCCGUAGAAUCCUGGGAUGGCUCGGCCAUUGACGCCACCUUCAGCUCGCAGGCUCCUACAGGUUUCCAGGCAUCGGGGUACAGUUUUCAUAGCCACGAAUGGAGGAACGCCAAAUCCAAUCGGGGCAGCCUGUCCCCGGUCAACAGCAGUCGGCAGAGGAACAAUAUCCUGCCGGACUUUGGACUUGGCAUCGAUGAAUGGGACAGGCCAAGUACUAGUGGAGCGUCAACGCUGCCCACCGGUUUAAUCUCAGACAGCAGGUUCACCGUUGGACACGACGGAACUGAGCCGGACCAGGAGGAGAACUUCUGGUCCCAAGCGCUAGAGGAUUUAGAGACGUGUGGACAGUCCGGGAUCCUGCGAGAACUUGAGGACAAGCCAGGCAGGCUUCUGAAUAAGAGAAACCUGGCCAUCUUGGCCACCAUCAUGUCAGGCAGCUCGCUGAGCCUAAACCACGACCCGUCUCCCACUCGAAGUCACCUGGGCCGCCAAGCCAGCUUUCAGGAACGCAGCAACAACAAACAACAAUACACGCAGGCCAACCGUAGCAAUACGCUGCCCACUGACGUCGGCAGAAAAGCUUUCGCCAUGAGAAGAAUGAAGCAGGAGAUCAAAGACAUUAUGUCGCCCACCCCAGUUGAGCUUCAUAAGAUGAGUCUGUCGAAGGACUCCGAUCUUGAAGACUUUGGAUUUAGUGUAUCUGAUGGAGUACUAGAGAAAGGGGUUUAUGUUAACAACAUCCGUCCAGGGGGACCCGGUGAAAUCGGAGGCCUGAAGCCAUAUGACCGUCUGUUACAGAUAAACCACGUCCGGACUAGAGACUUUGACUGCUGCUUAGUGGUUCCUCUCAUAGCGGAAUCCGGGAACAAACUGGAUCUAGUCAUAAGCCGAAACCCGGUUUCUUCCCAACUGUCAGAACUGAACUCAUUGUCCAACGAAGAGCCAGUGAACUGGGCAGACAUUGUGGAUCAGCCCACCGCUCGGCUGGAACAGGGCCAGCACAACCCCACGCUAGAAGACAGAGACCCCAACAAAUCCUUAUAGCAGAUCUCCCAGGUACCUGCACUGGAAUGCCCCUCAUGGUGCUAAACUUGAACUCUCUCUCCUCCUGUAGACGGCUCCCCCUGGUGGAGAAAAAACAGAGGGGGCUUGUUCUCAUACAGCACACACCCAGAUCUUUUCCUGAGUCGGAGCAUGAGCCACCGUGACUUCGAGGUCCUAUCCUGACAUGCUGGGUGGUGUUUUUACCCUGUGAAAAUGGUGAUUAUGGAGAAGACCACACUGACCUCUUGGAAAACCAAAACUGUUAAAAAAGGAGAAAAGUGAAACAGUGCCAUCCCUGAUUUUAUUGCCAAUAAACAAUAGUUUUAAGGAGGACAAAAAGAAAUGAAAAAAAAAAAACAUGCAUAAAAGCAACAAUAAGACUUAAAAUAUUAGACUGACCACUCUGUGAUUCUCUGUGUUUAUCUGUGUGAGUCUCAAUGCGUGUACGACGACUUCGCAAGCGUGCAGCGCAGUCCCAAAAGUCUCCGUUCUCAACGCAACCAUUAACGCUCCUAUUUUGUGAUACUGAAACAUGUGUGUGUAUAGUAUGUGUGUGUGUGUGUGUGUGUGUUUCCUAUUCCGAUGCCAAGGUCAGACCGUGUCCCUGUUGGCGCCCGACAGGAGGGGUCGACAGCUGUGUGCGGGGGGGAAAAUCAGCACAAUGAAUUGGGUAGCCAUUUUUCAAUCCGGGCUGAAUGUGGGUUAUAGCGUAAUGCAUGAGACCUUUUCCAACAAUUUUGUAUUGGGUGAUGUAUUUUUGUCUAAAAAUAAGCGCUUGGCUCCAUCCUCCAAACAGAACGACACAGACACCGCAGUCUCCGUCCGAUAUGCUAUUACGCAUCAUGACUGACCUAAAGCCACCACAAAGGCACCUUAGCUUGAAAAUUGGACAGAUGUCUAUUUUUAUGAAUAGAGUCAUGAUGAUUUGUAAGGGUUGUGUGUGAUUUAAGUGAAGGUUGGGUGGUUGAGCCUUUUCGUGGCCCCUAUUGAACAUGUACAGGAGCAGAUUUAGAGCGUUGAGAAGGUCAUGCGGUUUGGAAAACUAUUUGUCAAGUGACUGCGGAUGAGUCUGUGAUCAAUCUCUGAAUUAAUUAAAAAAGACAACUGUUCAAUUAGAUAGUUUUAUAUUAAUGUUUACUCACUGUCUGAUAUCAGAAUAUUAUGAAUUACAAACAAAAAUAUAUUUAUGGAAAUGCUGGUUAGGUUUCACAGUAGUGUGUUUCCCUUAUUAAAUUCUCUGCAAGCUUACAAAAAUGUACCAUGUUAACCAUAAAUUCCACCAGUGCUACGUUACUAUUUUUACUGUAAAGUGAUAAAUUAAUAAUCUUAUUAAUAAUAUGAACCAAAAUUACUAUUAUACCUAAUAACAUUUGUGAAGGAAUCUGUGGUUAUCAUGGUAACUUUUGUAAUUAUGACUUACUAAAAUCCACUAAAUGAUUUAAAAAACUAAAAUAAAAGCAUGGGGUUGAUACCCAUAAGAAUCCAGAAAAGUACUUUUGUAUUUUCCCCUUUGUUUAGAUAGUUUAAAUCAUGGUCAUUUGUAUAUGGUACUGUUAUGGUUUUGUACGUCUCAUCUGAUAUUUGUUUAAAGUGUGCGAGCAGUCUGUUUGUAAAAAGGAAAAGUGUCAAUUUGUGACAAGGAGGGUUGUCAGUCCUACACUGGAAAAAAAAUGCUGUUUUUUCACCCACGGUUGGGUAAAAUUGUGGACAAACCCAAGUGUUGGUUUAUUAACCUAUGGAAUGUCUAUACUGUAUUUGACCCAGCCUUGGGUUGAAACAACCCAACAUUUUUUUUAGAUUGUACCAUAUGUGACAGACCACUAAACAUACUUCACAUAAAAUGUGUAGCUCAGCUUGAAGGAAAAACAAAAAAUACAGAAAAAAAAUGUUUAUGGCAAGUUGCUCAUGACAAUGAAAACCCUCACCCACCUGUGUGAAACAUUGUGGCUUUUGGUUGAGCAACGUCACCCUUGUUUGUCAGUGCUCAACAAUCCUGUCUACACACUGUUUUUAAAUGGCAGAUGUGGUCCGACUACUGGGCCGAACAUAGAAACCUCAUCAAGGGAAAAGCUCAAAGGGAGCUAUUUCUUGAUAGGGAGCAUUUGUCUAUAAACUGUGUUUUUUUCUUUUUUUUUUUUAAUAAACUUUCAGGUACGGGUUCAUUCCCCAAAAUCAUGCACUGGAUGUUGAGACGCUUCUCAUAUGUCAUAGUGUAAUCGUGUUGAAUCAUGGUUUUCACUUCAUUGCAGUUAUCUUGAUCUGGGCCUAUAUUUGUCACAGGACUUCAUUGUGUUACUGCAAAAACAGUCUGGUUUGUGUUGAAAAAAAUAAAAAUCAUUUUUAUGUUUCAUAUGUGAGAACAUACAGUGAAGUCAAGCACUGCCAGAUAAAAUAGUGGGUGUCCAUUUUCAGUAUACCAUGAAUUUAUGAUUCAAUGUCACAGUUAUGUCCCUGAAAUAUUGUAUUUUUAUUUCUAAUGGACAGGUAUUAUGAGCUGUAAAGUAUUUUUGUACAAAUUUAAUACUUUGUUAGCAUGAUGUUUAUCGUCUAUGUAUAAAUUUGGGGAUUCCUAAAGCUGUAAUCCUUCGUAUGGCCGACAAAUGGAGAAAAGAAUAAAACGUACCGAGCGGAGGGAGAACACUGAAAUGAUGUCUGUCUGUCACGUGACACAUUUUGUGGCGCUGUAAUGGCGCUGUUAAAAGCUCCCUGCUAAUCGCUUUAAUUAAGCUCUUAAUAUCAUGACUGAUUUCAAAAUGAAAUAUCAGACAUAAAUGCAAUAUCAUCUCCAUGGUUACGUACAGCCUCAUGCUUCGUUCAUAAAAGUAAAAAGCAAUAUUAGGAUGAAUUAUGGAAAAAUUGUCAAUGAAACACUGAGAACCAAAAAUCUGUACACUUGCUUAGAAGCAGUUUUCUUUAGAGUAGCUAUUUUUGUAUGUGCAGGUGUUGGUUACAAGAAUUGAUCUCAGUCACUCAGAUACUUAAUCUUUAAGCAUUUAAUUGUUUCACUUGUUUUGAUUUCUAUUGUAUCGUUAAAAAGUUUUCAACAAAUUCAGUUGAAAAUGUCAAUUUGUUAGUCAAAUCAUGAGUCCAUAUUGGGCAGAAAUGAAAAAUGAAAUGUAUAGUUCACACAGAAAUGAAAAAUGUGUCAUUAUUUACUAAGGAAAUUCGAUAUUCCUUCUGUAAUAUCCCUUCCCUUUUUUUCCCCACAAGAAAUCUGGUGAGUAAUGCCUUACAUUUCAGUCUCUUACUUACAUAGAGGUGGUACGUUGAUAAAAACUUUACGGUGUUUUUACAUUUACUUUUUACAAUAACAAUUUUAUUCUUUUUAUUUAUUGAUUUUGAGUUUGACAGCCUCGAGUCACCAUCCUUUUUAUAGUACUAAAAACAGCUCCAUCAAUCUCCUUUGACAUUCCAUAGAAGGAGAAACUUCUUUGCAAAAAGACCUGGUCAGGUCAGUAAGUAAUUACUGAUUUUAUUACUUUUCUCUUUUAAAUGCCUUAAUUGUAUUGUUGGUCCUACAAUAAUAGGUGGUGCGCCAUCUGGUGGUCAACGAGAAAUUGGUCAUUCCGAAGCAUCUAUAGGCUUAUAUAACAUAAGAUAUUUUUAUUAUGUCAGGUUGAAAACCGUGGCUUUAAAAAAAGGGAAAAUGAAAAGUACAUGUUGUAAUACGUUUAAAUAUAAAAAAUAAAUGAAAGU